GAAACGGUAAAUAAGAGGGAGUAAAGAAAAGAAGAAAAGAAAUCUAAAGAGCAACGAAAAGCAGAAAGGGUCGCGACAGAAGAGCCGAAGAGGGGGAGGGGAUGGUCUCCACUCUCUGCCCUCCCCCGUCUCAGGCUCUCUCGUCCUCGUUGCCCAGGUCUUAGGUGAUUGAACUAGAAGAAAGGAAAGGUUGGGUAUCAUGGGUAUUUCAUCCAAGUGGAUUAAAUCACUGGUUCGCAUAAGAAAGCAAGAAAAGGGGGGAAAUUCAGAAAAUCAAGAAAAGACACAAAAUGCCGAGAGCAGUGAAACUAGCUCUGCUGUUCGACAGCUACACAAACGAAAGCAUUCUCUUGGUCAUGGAGGGACACUGACAGCAGAAGAACUUGCAGGACAUAGUGAAACAUUGACCGAUGACACUAAUAUACAGAUGGUUUCAAAUUCCAUUUCUUCAGAAGGUGCAUCACAUGAUGUACAUGUUUCACAGACUGAAGAACUUUCUAGACAAGAGGAUUUGUCUGCAAUAGUUAUUCAGUCUGCAUUUCGGGCAUUCUUGGCUAGACGGGCCUUACGUGCACUGAAAGGAAUAGUUAUACUGCAAGCCCUUGUUAGGGGUCAUAUUGUGAGAAAUCAGACAGCAGAAACACUUCGAUGUAUGCAUGCGCUGGUAAGAGCUGAGGCUCGUGUCAGGGCAAGACAAGUUCGCGGUUUAGAAAACCAGGUGGUACGGAAAAAGGUUCCUGAACAAGAUGGUCAUGAGAAUCAUGUUCAAGAAAUUGAGGAAGGCUGGUGUGGCAGUACUGGUUCCGUGGAAGAACUGCAGGCUAAAGUACUGAAACGGCAGGAAGCUGCAGCCAAACGUGAGCGAGCAAUGGCGUAUGCGUUGACUCAUCAGCGGCAAGCUGCUUCAAGGCAGCAGAAACCUACAAGUCUGCAAGGAAUCGAACUUGACAACAGCCACUGGGGAUCAAACUGGGUAGAGAGAUGGAUGGCUGCACGUCCAUGGGAGAACAGGUUACUUGACAAUAAUACUAAAGAGAGCAUACCAGUAUGCGAUGGUAAUCAGGAUGAGGAAAUGAAGUCUCAGGUCACACCAAAGGGCAAAGUGGCAAUUUCAAAUACUCCUAGUGGCCCAAACAAGAAGAAAGACACAAACCACAAGAAGUCAUAUUCUGACAUAAACUUUACUUCAUUUGGGCGAUCAUCAAGUGUACUCCCUUCCACCUCUUUGGGAUCAUCCAAACAGAAAUCGAAGUUGGUAGAUGAGAUUUUUGAGGAAGUCAGCUCCCAGCCCACAGAUCUAGCUUCUUUGUCCGUGCUCAAUCCGAAAGAAAGGGGUGCACAUCUGAAUACAAAGGCCAACAAGCGGCUAUCUCUACCAAAUAAAGUUUGUGGGGGAGCAGUGAAGGGGACAACCAACAGGAAUCCGACGAACCGAUCUGCCAAUGCUACCCUGCUCUGAAGCCAAGGGCAAUCGCUCCUCAUCAAGCCCGGAAGCAAGUUGAGGUACAUGCCUGAUUGCACAUACCGUUUCCAAACUGACUUGGGCAAUCUGUUGCUGUUCUCGGUGUGCUGUUUCUGCAGCGGUGCAGGCUACAUCUCUGUAGAUAAAUUUCCGAAAAGAUCACACAUGUAGGUUGACGGUGUGUUUCCAUAUUUGUGUUGUGCAAGGUUGAUGCCUUGACGGGUGUUCCCAUUUUCCUGUUGUGUAAGGUUGUGGAUAUGUUUGUUGUUGUUGUUCUCUGCUAUAUGUUGUUCUAGCUACUGAAAGAAGGCAUUGUGUCAGUGUGCAUCCUUUUUUAAAGUUCUUCCUGAUGACAAACAUGUGUAUCCCUUAUAUUUAUAUUUUCGACACUCCUGCAUCACUCUGA